AUGGCAGCUGAUGCCCUCCUCUCUGUCGUCGAGUACCCAACUUGUCCUCCCGCGCGUGUCCGCGCUGGUCCACCUAUCCAAACUCUCGAGGGCCAGGAAAAUACUCUAAAGCAAUCGAGCCAGCGCUUUGUUCAAAGGUUCCUUGACCGCACACAGUCGGCAGUCUUGUCGCUCACCGCCCAACGUACGUCAAACCACGCCGUCCUAUUCGAUUGCGAGACGUACGGACGUGAAAGCUGCGAGCGCUCAGGCCCGGCAGAAUCGCGGUGGCUAGUGUUCGCUUCAGCAAGGUACAAACUUGUACCUGUACCAGCUAAGCUGCAGGACGCAGGCGCGUUAACCAAUUGCUCGCAGCGUGGACAAGAGAAUUACGCAGCUGGACCGGAAGAGCCCAACGUGAUGCUUGCAACCGGCCGCACUAGAUCUCGCGUCUUUGCUGGCUUGCCUGUAUACCUAGCCUGGACCUUGGGGGCCUGGUCGACCAACGUGCUGCUUACUACCUACCUCCCUGGUUGUGUGGGGCAUGUGAAACGGAUCAUCUCGUCAUCCACUUCGAACACGAGCACGCUCAAGCUUCCUCAGGUAGUGUCCCGGAUAGCGACAGUGGUGCAUGAGGCUGCUGUGCCAUGUUUGUACCUCGAAACAUGGGCCUACAUUGCUGGUGCCGAGCCGAGCUUCGUCAGGUCCAGGGAUGAUCUGCAAGCAGCCUGGCUUGUCGCAAAGGUCGUGGGUGGUGGAUCGGACUCUAACCAGUACCGCCUGUUGCCAGGCCGCAUCUUUUUCAGGGCGCAAGACAAAGCCGCUAAGAUCCCGCCCGUGCCUUACCCAACCCCUCCCUCCUCGCAUGCAGUUGCAACGCAUCGCGAAGAGCGCCCUCGCCUUAUCGUCGCGUCUCAAGUCCGCGCAUCAUCUGUCCCCCCACCUCAGCGACUGGCCCAAGGUGGGACAGCCAGCCUGCUACGACUUACGACGAUACGACAACACCUUUUUCGUUUUGCCGGUCCUCUUGUUUUGUUCCUUGCAGCGUGCCCUGUCCCGGAUGUUGUCGCAACGCCGCUCUCUAUUCGUCAUCGUCUUCGUUUCAGCCUUCUCACAGCCGCUUCACCGACGGGGCCACCCGCAUUUCUCUUCCCAGCUCAGUUCGCCCAAAAAGGAACAAACACUGCAGCCUCGUGGCCGGUGUCUGUGCCCAGCAUGUCGACCUUCCAAGCCGUCAACACCACGCUGACCGUACCGGACUCGUUGCCGGGGCGCGCUGGGGAGGAGACGACACCAACUACGCCCCGACCCAACAGCAAGUUCUUCCCAGAGUCUAAAGGCGAGGACGAGUCUCGCAUCGAGGAUGCUUCAGCAAAGACGCCCACACGCAACAGCUUUGCUGCCGGUCUCGCUGGUCAGCGACCACUCCCCGCUUCGCCCUUCACACCGGCCCGCGACCUCAGCGAAACACCGUCGAAUAAGAGUGAAAGGAGCAUGGAAAACUCGCAUCGGUCGACGCAAUCAGUGGCUUCCAUACAGGAUGUGCAAAUGAGGGAGGGAGAGGAGGACGACAAGGAGGAUUCGGACAAUGAGAGUGUAACAAGUGAUACGAACAGGCCAUCGAAAAAGAAAAAAGGGCAGCGAUUUUUCUGUACAGAAUUCCCCCCCUGCAAUCUGAGUUUCACCCGGAGCGAGCACUUAGCAAGACACAUUCGGAAGCACACAGGUGAAAGGCCCUUCCAAUGUCACUGCUCCCGACGAUUCUCGCGUCUCGAUAACCUUCGCCAGCACGCUCAAACGGUCCAUGUCAACGAAGACAUACCGGCGGAAUCGCUCGCUGCGACUGGUACUCGAUUCCAACGACAGAUUCGCACUGACCGUGUGCGACCUCCAGGAAACCGCUCUAGAGCGAACACGCUAGGCAGUACAGGUGGGCAUAGCCGGGGUCAUAGUAGAAACUUGUCAUCGUCAAGUAUCACGUCUACCAUGUCCAGCAUGAGCAUGCUUCAGUCUCCUGAUGCACGACGUCGGCCUCCACCGCUGGCCAUGGCAAAUGACGGUGGAGCGAGAGCACGCCUGAGUCUCAACACCAUGGAAGCUUACAAUCCACCGCUGAUGGGUAGUCCUGGGCCUCAAAUUGUGGAAUAUGAUGCCCAGUCCAAUGCACCGACGACACCACAAUCCUCUUCCUUUCCCGUGGGGGCUAGUAGUCCUGUUCGUUUUGGAUCUGUUAUGCAGUCACCUGCAUCUACAACCUCGCGGCCAGUUUCUUGGGCUGGUCCGCCACCUCCAGGACGACGCAUGUCAGCUUCUUCCAACAGCAACAGUAACCCCUUUUCUGGUCCUCCUGGUCAGGGCCUUCCUCCAUUCAUGCCGGCCUUACAGUCCUCUGCAGCGCCUUCAUUUUCCGGGCAAAGUAGCAUGUAUGCAAGCCCCACCGCAUCAAAUUUCUCGGAGUCUCGAAGAGAUUCAAACGCAGAAGCGGACUGGAGAAGACGUACAUGGCACCCAGGCACGUACACGGGCCCACGGCCAGCGACGAGUGGACUUGGUUAUCAUCAGACACCAGAUGCACCCCGACCAUCGUACACGUCACAACCCGCUGCAUCUCAGACUACUAGGUUGCCAGGCAUAGAAAGUUUUGACUAUGCGCCUCCUCCACCUUCCCUUCCUCGUCGCCAGCCAAGCCCAAUGCAAAUCGAUGCACCGGGUCGUCCUCUUACCUACCACCAACCUGGCCCUCCGCCACCACCCAGCAGAGGUCAUCAGAAGCGUACCAGCAUCUCAUGGGAUAUUGAUCGCUUAAAAAUUGGUAGCCCCAACGCUUCGCGAGAGCCAUGGGGACAGUACCCUGGGAGCCCAACGCAACCAAAUAACGGACGGCCUACGACCGCACCACAUGGCUACUUCAGUAGUCAACGUCAGCCUAUGAGCGCCCCUCAUCCAAUUCAGAUUCCAAGCAUGAGCUCACCUAGAAACUCGCAAGAGCAGCCUGAAACCCCUCGAAAGGCCAAACGUCAAGGAUGGUACAAUGGCCCGCUCGCUCAACCGCAGCGGGUGUUGCAACGUACGUCUCCUGAAGACUCAAGCAGCAGUGAGGGCGUUCCAACCCCUGGUACUAUGAGUGAAUAUCACCCGGCCAUUGUACACAGCAAUGGCUAUGUGGAAGCGCAUGCGGUUGGUACCUCUGUUGAAGAACACAAGCGUACUCAAUCUGCGUCCAUCAUGGAGAGGCCGCACCCACUGAAUGCUUCACAAUCGUCGCACUAUCAACCGUUUGAUGGUCAUAGCCUGUCGAGCUCAAGCUAUCAUCCGCAGCGUGAGCCAGAAAGAGGCCCAUCCACAUUUGGUCAACCGCUGCCCCAGAAUGGUGGUAACGACAUGAGACGAUUGGAAGCACUUGUUGCCGUUGCCACAGGCGAGCAGCAAGCUGUGGCAAAUCGUCCCUGA